GUUUGUGCUCACACUAUCGAAACCCUAGCUGACUCGAAAUUAACCGAGAUUUGCCUACCAUGACGUGACCUGCAGUCGUAAAGCUCUGUUGCCUUGCAAAGACUCAAUAUUAAGAUUUUUUUUUUAUAUGAACAGCUAUGCUCGCAUUACCUGCCCGGUUUUCUUUGUGCAGUUCCUGGGUCUUUCAUCCCUCCUGCCACCGUGGAUGCAAACAACUCUUUAUCGGGAAUGCCGUCAGUGCUGUGUUUUGUGUGACUACGAGAACGACCAUCCAUGUCACCUGAGACAACACAUGAGGGUUCAUACAGGCGAGCGGCCGUUCAAGUGCCACCUGUGUCCUCAAGCCUUCCUCUCGCAUAAGUCCUCAUUGAACAAACAUCUGCUUAUCCACACGGGCGAACGUCUGUUUAAGUGUUACUGUGCCCCCAAAGCUUCUCACGCAAGUCCAGACUGUUGGGGACGCCGUCACAGCUGUAAUGUGUGCGACUACAAAACUGCCUGUUCGUCCAACUUGAAACGGCACUGCAGGGUUCACACAGGCGAGCGGUCAUUUAAAUGCCACUUGUGUCCUCAAGGCUUCUCGCAUAAUUCUACGUUGAAAAAGCACCUGCGCACCCACACAGGAGAACGACCGUACAAGUGCCACUUGUGUUCUGAAGCCUUCUAAAAUUUUACGUUGAAAAUGCACCUGCACACCCACACAGGAGAACGACCGUACAAGUGCCACUUGUGUCCUGAAGCCUUCUCGCAAAAGUCUACGUUGAAUAAGCACCUGCUCACCCACACAGGAGAGCGACCGCACAAGUGCCACUUGUGUCCUGAAGCCUUCUCGCAAAAUUAUACGUUGAAACAGCACCUGCGCACCCACACAGGAGAACGACCGUACAAGUGCCACUUGUGUCCUCAAACCUUCUCGCAAAAUUCUGCGUUGAAAAUGCACCUGCGCACCCACACAGGAGAACGACCGCAUAAGUGCCACUUGUGUGGCCGUAGCUUCACAAAUAGAUUCGCAUUGAAGAAUCACCUGCGCAUUCACUCAGCAGAGUGAGUGACUGAAAUCGUUAUUUGGCCCAAAAGUGGCAGAAACGGGAUUGGACAUUUUCAAAAUUGUCUCAAAGGAUUUGAAUAAUUAGCACCGCAUUUAA